GUGCGUGAAAGGAGCUGCAAUCAAGCAGAGGAUCGCACCAGUGUCCGGGAAGCCAUCGAAGUUACUAGCAUGAUGGUUAGCGGAAGGGCAGUCGCCACGGCUUUAUGUGCUCUGGGCACCACCUCCGCGUUCACAGCCCCCCUGGCAGGCUUCCGAGCGGCUAAGGGCGUGUCGAGGCAGGUCACCCGGAAUGUCGGGAGAAACUUGCAGAUGGCCACCGUGGCCGAGACAUACGACAUCAAGGUGAAGGGCGAGGAGAACACGAUGGACUACCGCGCGUUCUUCCACCAGGGCGGGAAGGAGAUCUCCCCCUGGCACGACAUCCCGCUCAAGGCCGGCGCGGACACUUUCAACUACAUUUGCGAGAUCCCCAAGUACUCCUUGGCGAAGAUGGAGAUCGCCACCAAGGAGCCGAACAACCCCAUCGCCCAGGACACUAAGAAGGGCAAGCUGAGGUUUUACCACGGCCCAAUUUUCUGGAACUACGGGUACAUCCCCCAAACAUGGGAGGACCCCACGGUGAAGCACCCUGAGCUCGGUGUUCUCGGGGACGGUGACCCGGUGGAUGUCGUGGAGAUCGGGUCCGCGAAGCUUGCCUCUGGGACUGUUAAGGCCAUCAAGCCUCUGGGAUGCUUGGCGAUGAUCGACGACGGCGAGCUCGACUGGAAGGUGAUUGGUAUCGACGUAGACGACCCGUUGGCCAAGGACCUGAACGACAUCGCCGACGUCGAGAAGCUCCUCCCCGGGUACGUAUCCGGAAUCCGGGAGUGGUUCCGCUGGUACAAGACCCCCGACGACAAGCCCCUCAACGCCUUCGGCUUCGACGAGAAGGCUUUGAACAAGGAGGAGACGAUGAAGGUGAUCGACGAGUGCAACGGGCACUGGAAGGCGCUUGUCGACGGAAAGACCGAGGCUGGCAAGAUGUGGAUCAAGUAGAGGAGGGGCGGAACGCUUGCGAGUUGAAACAGUUUUGGGGUUUGUUUGAAAGGAGGCAGCCGGAGAUCGCUGCGCCAACCCUGCUGGUCUUCUUGUUGUGUUUCUUGAACAGAAGUUCACUUGUGGUGGUUUGCAGCAAAGAAGAGAGCGUAAAUAGGUAAAUAUAGUUUUCCUAGAUGUGGUUUAGGACAUCCACCGAUUAACGUGAUGGCCGUUAGCUGAGAAGCCUUGACAAAUCGUCGUGUGUACUCAUGUUCAUGUUUCGUGUGACUACAUCGGAGCUCUUCAUCAGUGUUUCGGAUUGGCACGGGGACCGUAAAUAAAUGUUGACUGCGGAGAAGGCUACAUACAUUGAACG